GACGGCCGCAUGGGAUACGAUGGGACACUUUCCUACUACGCAUGCGCCGUCUCCCCGUUAGCGCCAGGGGGCGCGCACGUGCGCGGUCGUUGCCAGUAGAAAGGCGCGAGGCGGGUGACGGUGGGGGCUGUUGAAGCAGCCAUGUUGGGACGGGCGAGGCUAGGCGGCGUGGCGGUCCUGCGGGCUCUGGAGCCUCUUGCUGCGGAUCGUGGCUGCCUAGCAGCAGGAGCGGCCGCCUCCGCCGUGCUUCCGCACAGCCGAAACUAUGUGGCUGAGACUUCAGAGUCUUCCAAAUCUGGUACUGCAGCAGGGCGUAUUGUUGCAAUUAUUGGUGCAGUUGUUGAUGUCCAGUUUGAUGAAGGCCUUCCUCCAAUUCUCAAUGCCCUGGAAGUAUCAGACCGUGAAACUAGAUUGGUGCUGGAAGUUGCGCAGCACCUUGGUGGAAGUACUGUUCGAACAAUUGCCAUGGAUGGCACUGAAGGCUUAACCCGCGGACAGAGUGUUCUGGACACGGGUGCGCCUAUAAAAAUUCCAGUUGGGCCAGAAACACUGGGAAGAAUCAUGAACGUAAUUGGUGAGGCAAUUGAUGAAAGAGGGCCUAUUGCAACGAAACAGUUUUCAUCUAUUCAUGCUGAAGCUCCUGAAUUCCAAGAUAUGAGCGUUGAGCAAGAAAUUCUUGUGACUGGUAUUAAGGUUGUGGAUUUAUUGGCUCCAUAUGCCAAAGGAGGUAAAAUUGGGCUCUUUGGUGGUGCUGGUGUAGGAAAAACUGUACUAAUUAUGGAACUUAUUAACAAUGUUGCUAAAGCCCAUGGUGGCUACUCUGUCUUCGCUGGUGUAGGGGAGCGUACACGAGAGGGUAAUGACUUGUAUAAUGAAAUGAUUGAAUCUGGUGUCAUCAACUUGAAGGAUGCCACUUCCAAGGUUUCACUUGUGUAUGGUCAAAUGAAUGAGCCUCCAGGUGCCCGUGCCAGAGUAGCUCUGACUGGUUUGACAGUUGCUGAAUAUUUCCGUGAUCAAGAAGGACAGGAUGUACUUCUAUUUAUAGACAAUAUUUUCAGAUUUACCCAGGCUGGUUCAGAGGUGUCUGCACUGCUGGGUCGUAUCCCCUCUGCAGUAGGGUAUCAGCCUACAUUGGCCACUGAUAUGGGAACAAUGCAGGAAAGAAUAACUACUACUAAAAAGGGAUCAAUUACAUCAGUACAGGCUAUCUACGUACCAGCUGAUGACUUGACUGAUCCUGCUCCAGCUACUACUUUUGCACAUUUAGAUGCUACUACAGUAUUAUCUCGUGCCAUUGCUGAACUGGGUAUCUAUCCAGCAGUGGACCCUCUGGAUUCUACUUCACGUAUCAUGGACCCUAACAUUGUUGGCCGAGAGCAUUAUGAUGUGGCUCGUGGUGUACAGAAGAUUCUUCAGGAUUACAAAUCCCUUCAAGAUAUUAUUGCUAUUUUGGGGAUGGAUGAAUUGUCUGAGGAAGACAAACUAAUUGUAGCCCGAGCUCGAAAAAUCCAGAGGUUUUUGUCUCAGCCUUUCCAGGUUGCUGAAGUCUUCACUGGCCAUGCUGGAAAAUUGGUGCCUUUGAAGGAAACAAUCAAGGGUUUCAAGAGCAUUUUAUCUGGUGAAUAUGACCAUCUACCAGAACAGGCUUUUUACAUGGUUGGUCCUAUUGACGAAGUUAUUGCUAAAGCUCAGAAGCUGGCUGAAGAACAUGCCUAAGAACAUGGACUGUUAUAUUUGCAUAUGGUCUCUUAAAACAUCUGAUACAUGUAUACAUUGUAUAUGUAAGAAACAGUUGCAAUCUCAGAGGUCUCUAAUUCUCUCCAGUAGAUGUGGGGAGAAAAUAAAGUCCUUUUUUCCUACAUGUGAACAUGCAGUAUUAUGUAAAUGUCACCCAAAUGUCUGUUACGAAAGCCAGACAUCUUGUUAGUAAACAUUUUGAUAUGCAAUUCCUCUGAUUUACUGGCUCUUUAUUUUUGUUUAGAUUAAGACUCAUCUUUUGCCUCUGGAAAUAGUAACUUAAGGCUGUCCUCAACAUCAAAGUGGCAUUUGAAAGGUGAUGUGUGAUUACUUUUUUGAUUCUUGGAAAAGUUUGAUACCAAAAAUGAUGGUUAACCUCAUACUGCAUUUGCCCCGAAUUAGUUUUUCUACCUGACACUUUUGGACUUUACUUUGUUUGUGUAAUCUCAAUGAGGAAUUGCACAAACAAAAUUUUACUGUAAUCAGUUUUCCAUUUGCAAUACAACAAUUAACUCUACUUGUUUUUUCUUAUUAAAUAUGCCUGCCUCGUAGUUUAGUGUGCAAAAAUUUAAUCCAGUUGUUAAGACUAAAA